CUCAAUUUUAAAGUUAUGAGUCCCUCUGGCAGUGAAGAUGUCAGAAUUGAACGUCGCAAUGUUAAGACCACGAGAUUGCCGAUUGUAAAAGUAGAAGUAAAAACUGAGGAUGUAGAGGCUGGUGAUGAGAAGCCUCCUGAAAACCGAGGCACGGAGAUGGUGGUGGAUGUAGCUGGGGAGGCCGGUACUAGCAAGUCUGGAAAGAAGAGGAAGAAGCAGGAUUACUACGGUGAGGAGAUUUUCAAACCUGGGGGUAUGCAGCCGCCCUUGAACCCUUACUUCGUGGUGGAUGUGAGGGAAAACAGAGCAAAUGAGAUGCACUUCCCAAUAGAUGUGAUCAGAGACCACAAUAUCCAACUCCCGGAGACUUUGUUGCUCGUGGAUCCGAAAGGGAGGACGUUUGAGACAAAGCGCAGAUCCUGGAAGGAUGGUAGAGUGAACUAUAAUGGAGGGUGGAAAGCCGUCUACCGAACGAAUAUGUUGAAAACAGGUGACAAGCUCAUAUGCGAGUUCAUCGGCAAUGGCAGCGGCGUAGGGGAUAUGCACCUCAAGAUAAGUGUAUUUUCAUUGCAACAUAGGUAGCAAAAGGUAGGGAUGGUGAAAGAAAGCACAAAUAUUUGUACAAAUUUUUAGUGUUUUUUUUUUAAUGGAAAGAUUAGGACAAUGCAGUAAGAUUGUGUGUUGUAAUAGAAUUUAGGUUCAAUAGUAAUUUGUUGUGA